AUGCCUGGCAUUGAUGUUGUAGUAACUGGGUUCAAUUGUGAAGAGAUUCCUGACUGUUACAUACAAUGUGUGGUGGUAUGUGUUGAUUUAACAUUGAGAGCUGAUUGCAAACAUUUUUAUUUUUCAGUGAACUUCCUACAGGAAAUGAGGGGAGAAGUGGACAGCUUGCUCCUGGUCAUUCACAAUCAGGAUACAAUAGCCAGCUGUCUUGAGAAGCAUCUGCAGGUGCCGAACAGCAUGGCAUAUGAGCCUCUCCUAGACCUCACAGUUCAGCUGAGCAGAGAUCUCCAAGGAGAUUUCUACAAAAAGUUUUUCAAAAAUUUUUUUGCAAUCUUCAUAAAACUGCUCAACAAAUGUCAUGACGUCGAGAUUCUGUCCAAGACGUUCACAACACUGUCCUACAUUUUCAGAGUCCUCAUCAAUUUGUUCAGUCCGCUGUUAAGCACACAGAACUACAAAAUCUACAUCAACAAAUUUUCUGCUGAGGUCUUCUCGUUUCUUAUCAGGAAGCACCCACGUGUUGAACUCGUUGUUGAGAUGAUGUUGAAGAAAGUCAGCAGGAAUGAAAAUUUGAUUACCGGGACCAGUCACUUGCUGUUUGAAGCCGUCAAGGGAAUCAAACAUCAGUUCCAUAGUUCUACAACCCAGAUCAUGACGACAUUGUUGAAUUUGUUGGACAAGAAAUAUUUCUGCAAUGAAAUUGUCUUUGAUUGCCUGAAGAAGAUGUGGACGUUGAUGCUGCAACACACCAACCAACAUUUUGUGAAAAACAUCAUCUGCUAUCCAUUGGACAAGUUGAGCAGUAUGCUUCAGCUGCCUGAACGACAAGAGGAAGAUCGAAACGAAGAACAAAUCAAUGUCGAUCAACUAACUUUCUUGUUGAAGUUGCUGCUGAAGUUUGCUUGCCUGAGACACGGCCAGCUGCUGAAUGAACAUGCACCUUCUAUUGCUCAGGCAAUAGGAAGAAUAUUUCAGAGUGGGGGUGAAAGGCUGAAAGGGAAAUUUGAAAAAGUCUUGUAUGAUUUGCUGUCCGUGGUUCUCCUGUCAGACAAUGCAGAUGUUUCGUCUUUCCACAGGCCUCUACUUCUCAAGAUGGCUUAUGGACACGAGUCGGUAAAUUUUGAAACAAUUUCAAAAUUUUCCAGACACAUCUUCCAACUGCCACUCUUUGAGAAGGAUGCCCUGAUUCAGAUGAUGAAGUAUUGCAACAACUUAUUCACGAGCUCACCAAGCAAAUGUUUUCAGCUGCUGUCAACUCUGAUUCAUGUGAAAUACCAGGAAGACAUUCACCUGGUUGGAAAUAAUGUCAUAAAAUGGCACGUUAGAAAUUGUAAGCAGUUGCAUCGGCAGUUUUCACAAUUUUUCAGAUUUCCUCUAGAUUGGAGUGAUCACAUCUUCAAGACCAUCCAAAGUGUUGCUUCAUCCUUGAUUGCAACCAUUGAAAAAGCGGAAGUAGUAACUACAGCGACGACACCGCUACCAACAACGACAACGGCGGCAGAAACAACACUAUCACCAACCACACCUCCAUCAGCUACUUUAGUUUCUGUCGACGCAACGUUAUCAUCUCUGUCUAUUACAUUCCGUGAUCUCUGGACUGUUGUCCUAUGCAUCCCAUUUGCCAUAUUCAGUGAAAGUGAGAAGCAAGAGUUGAGAGAAGGCAUCAUCGUUCUCAUCGAGCACCUGAUUGCCAUUGCAUCUCAAGUUGAUUGCCACAGAAUAAAAAGAAAGUACAUGUUCAUGGUGAAGCAAGCAGUCCACAGUUUGAUCCAGCUGAUCAACACGACCAACACAACUACCGACAAACACUUCUUAACCUACAACAUCUUCAAAAAUUUCAACUUCAGCAACAACAUGGUCAUUGGUGGUGAUUUCGAUGAUGAUGAUGAUGUUGCCGAGGAAGUUAUUGGAAAGAGGGAAACUGACGUAGGGGAUGAAGUUGCUGCUGCUGAUGAUGUAGAUGCUGAUGAUGAUGGCAUGCAGUGCGACGAAGAACGCCGUGAUGGAGCAGCUAAUCAUCUCGUGACGUUCCUCACUUAUUUAUUGCAAUUAUUUAGCGAGGAAGAGUUCAUCUUGCAGUCUGUGCUAGAGUGUUUGAAUGAGUUGAACGAUUUGCGCCUGUUGAGUCUGAAGAUUUUAUGCAAAUUUAAACAAACUCCAUCAGAACAACUCGACAACGAGACAACAACAGUGAGUAAUGUGUUCGAGGUUUGUUUGCAAGCCGAAGAAACGCCUGCUACCCUUCAACUUUUCAGACAGAAGUUGUCAUACCUUCAGAAGCUCGAAUUUGAACAUGUGGCGUGCAGACUUCCUAACAACUGCCCAAUAACUAUACCCCUGAAGUAUUUGAUAAGCCAGUUGUUCGUGAACUUUGAUCCAAUGACCAAAUCCCUGAGUAAUCUCAUUGCUUCGUAUGCUACGAAUUUGAAACUGGACGAAUUCUGGUCAGUGUUCGGCCCUCAGAUAAUAUUUGCCCAGCAUCAAGCAGCUUCAAGCGGCGAGAGGGAUCAAGAUGCUCCUGAUGAUGACGAGGAUGACGACGAUGAUGAUGAAACAAACGUAGGUGGUGAAAGCAAAAAUGGCAUAAUCGACAACAAUGAAGACGAUGAAACCAAAAAUUGCAUCAAUAAUUGCAACAUUGAAAAAGAUGAAGACAGUGACGAAGAGUCUGUUGUUGACAGUGAUAUGGAAACAGAUGAUCCAACGCUGAAUACAUCUUUAACAAUAUCUACCUCCCAAAUCAAAUCAUCCAAACAAUACUUCCUGCAACUAUUCAUGAAACUUUACAAGUCUCCGUGCGAGAUGAGGAAAUUAGAUCGAUCCAACUUUUUGACGUUCAGGCAGAGGUUGUGGACUUGCAUGUUGCUCUUUAGUAGGACGUGUGAAGCCAGGUCCAGGAUCGUUGUGCCUGUCUUCUUCAGAUUUCUCGAGAACGAGUACAGAUACAAUUGGGACAAUCCUAAAUACAAAGAGGAAUCAUCAUGUCAGCAUGAUGGUACAACGAAACCCAAAGUACCUGAUAGGUUGUUAGUUAUGCAUCUGAAGUUGUUUGCCAAAUUCACUCAGCCUAAAAGCUUGUUCCUCGGACAGAAACUGUAUGAUUUGUAUUUGGAGCUGCUGAAGCAAAGCUCAUUGGAAGUUCAGAGAGUGGCAUUCAGCUGUUUCAUGACCUUCAAGCCCCCGUACCUCGUACCGUACAAAGAGAAUUUUGAGAGACUGUUGGAUGAGAAAACAUUUAAAGAUGAGAUUGUGCUGUUUUCAUUUGAGAGUGGCGUUUCAAUCGUGAAAGAGGAACAUAGGAAGGAUGCUGUCCCAAUUCUCAUGAGAAUUUUGUUGGGAAAGAUGCGACAGAAGCUUGGUAGCGAUGCGAACGGUCGAAUGGUUGGCCACUCUCGGAAGAACAUCGUAAUGACCUUCCUGGCUAGUUUCAAUCAGGAUGAGGUUGUCGUACUGCUGGACCUCGUCUUCGAUGGCUUCAUGUUCAUUGCUGAUGAUGAUGUUGAUACAAAUGUUUCGGACAUCAUGUCCGGCAAACUGAAUGUUGCAGUGCCGCUCAAGAAAAUACAGAGUGCUCUAACAAGUGUUGAGAUGAUUUUCAAGAAACUUGGCAACAAAUUAGAUGACUACUUGAAUAAAAUUUUCAACAUUCUCGUUUGCGUUGGAGCAUUUUGCAACAAAAAAUUAAAUAUUGAUAAGCGUUCUGAACUCAAUCCAAAAAUUGUCAACAUGCUAAAGAACAUUCGAUCAACUGUGACAUCAUUGAUCAUUGAGUUUUUUGAACUGUUUGAAAGUUUCAACUUCAGAGUCAGUGAUGUAGAAGCUCUUUUUACUUCCUUAAUAUGGCCUCAAUUGGACAAACUUCCACAAGAUUCCCUCAUGAAUCCAUCAAGUCUUAUGAAAAUAUUCUUAUGCUGGUCUCAAAAUUCUAGAUAUCAUUGCUUUUUCAUAAAAUUAAAACCGCGUGUCGUUUUGGACUCUUCGCUGGUACAAUCAUCUCCACCAUCGUCAACAGCAUCAACAACACCAACAUCAUCUGCAUCACCUUCAUCACCAAUGUCUUUAAUGCUGCAACUGUUGAACCAGCCAAAUGUUGAUUCAAGCGUUUCAAACAUGAUUCUGAAGAUCAUUGACAACUUACUCACUAUAUCAUGUUCAUUUGAAGAAAAUGAUGAUGACGACGACGACGAUGAUGACUGCUGUAUGAUACACAAAGGUCUUCCAAUUGUUCCUGGUGAGGUUGUUGAACUUACGGCGGCAUCUCCUAAUGAAAGUAUUUCAUUUGGUGAGAGCAUUGUGGUUCAUUUUUGCUCACAAAUACUGGCGUACAUCGAUCGAAGGCUUAAGAGUGGGUCUAUGAAAUCAAAGAACAAAAAACAAAAUGUUCCAAGUCUAGAGCUUUCCAUUCUUUCUAAACUAAGCCAGUAUGUGAGAGAAGGGGAGGAGAGCGAGAAGGUGGUGCAGCAGUUGAUGGCGAUGAUGUCAAUGAGGGUUUGUAGGGUUUCGAAUGAAAGUGAGUACGAAAUGUUGCUGUCCAUCAAGCAUCUCCUCCGCAACCAGAUGUCUCCAGUCAAGCCUCUAGUCAAAUCCCUAGCCACGUUAUUCAGUACAAGCAGCAGCAUACAAUCACGAAAUACGCUCUGUGAUAUUUUGAAGGUUCUCUCAGAAAAACUACCUUCUCUGAAAGUUGUCACGGAUAUAGUGUACAAGAUGAAUGCCCAAGAUGCGAAGAGACUUGAUGAACCAGACUUCUCGAUGAGAAUGGAGGCAUACCUCGACGCCACAAAGUACCUCACAUCCAAGAAACAUCAUCCUUCGAACAACAACAGCAGCAGCGACAAUCGCCAGAAUGUUGUUGGCGAUCAUCAUGUUGAUGAUGGAGUAAUUGACGGAAGUAUUGAUGUGAUUGAAGCCAUGGAUGUGCAUGAUGAUGAGGAUGAAAAAUUUGACGACAUGCUGAUUCUACUUUAUAACUGCCUCUAUUUCGUAUCAACAUCAGCUGACCGAGCCUUGAGAGACAAGUCGAUGGCCUGCAUUGAGGAAAUCAUCCAACUGUCCAGUGCCCACCAAGCCUACCACGUCAUCAUCAGCAGACAUCUCCUGCCUGCCAUCAAGAAAAACUUGAAACUGGCCCUAGAGGUGCACAGGCAUUGCUACGUUCAGUUGCUGGCUCAUGUCGUCCAGCACUUCAAGACGAGUGCUCAGAUACAAAGCCUGGUAGCGUUGAGAGAUUUUGAGGAUGAAGAGAAGGAUUUCUUCCUUAAUAUCAUUCACUUCCAGACGCACAGGAGAGGAAAAGCGCUGAGAAAGUUGUCACAAUACCUCAAAUCUCUGGCUGCUGAACAGCAACAACUACAACAACAGCAGAGCAGUAGCAGCAACACGGAAUCGAAACCUCCCAUUUCCUCAAAAACUCUCCACUCCUACAUACUCCCUAUCAUCCUGUCCUACUUGAAAGAUCAAUUGUACGCUAAGGAUUCUGAUUUGUUGGAUGCAUCCGUUGAGGCUCUGGGAUCAGUUGUCCGGUUUCUCCCGUGGGAAGAGUACUACGGAGUGCUUAGGCAUUACUUGAAGGUCUUGGAUAAAGCUCCGCCUAAUCAGAAACUUAUUGUCAGGUUGAUAGUAUCUGUACUGGAUAACUUUCACUUCAACUUGAGCAAAAGCCAAUUUUCAUUUCAAUCAUUCAAAGGCGAUUCGAAUCUAAAAGAGGUUGAAAAGAUUUCGCAAUCUGAAGAAAACACGAAAGCAAAAGUUGAUGGCGAAAAUAUUCCUUCUCCCGUUAGCGUGGCUGAUGACGACGACAACGAUGACGACGAUGAUGGGAACGAGCAGGUAGAUGAUGAGAUGGAUGUGGAUGCAAUAGAUAUGGCGGCUGUUGAUGCUAAUGAACGAGAUGCCCAAUUGAUGACUGAAACUGAAGACAAGUACAAAGGUUGGCUCUUGUGUGAACCGACGAAGGCCACGCACAUCCACAUGACCCUCAUGAACCACGUCAUGCCCAAGUUACACAAGUGCCUCACACAUAAAGCAAAGAGUGAUGACCAACACAGACUGGCUCAGGCAGGCAAGUAUGCCGAGGAUGAAGAAAUCUUGAGGGUACCUGUUGCGCUGGCCAUGGUCAAAUUGCUGCAGGGACUUCCCAAGGGAUCACUUGAAAGAAACAUCCAUAGCAUAAUUGUGAAGUUGUGCUUCUUCCUGGGAUCACGUGCCGAGGACAUCCGCAACAUGUCGCGCGACACCCUCAAGAAAGUACUCAUGAGCUUGGGACCUUCCUUCGCCCUCCUCAUCUUCAAGGAGAUGAAGUCACACCUGCACCGCGGCUUUCAGCUGCAUGUUCUCUGCUUUUCCAUCUGGUCGCUGCUAAAUGAGAUGAACAAUCAGUGCAGGGAGGAUAAGAAGGAAGGAAGGAAGGAAUUCCUUCAUCCAGGUGAUCUCGAUCCAUGCAUUCCAUUACUUAAUGAGGUCUUCCACAAAGAGUUAUUUGGUGAUGUAUCGGAGGAAAAAGAAGUUGAAGCUAUUUCUCAGAAACUUUUUGAGGCCAAAACGACGAAAAGUUUUGAUGCUUAUAAACUGCUCUCCAUACACAUCGGUAUCGAAUCUCUACCCAAAAUUGUCAUGCCGUUGAAAGAUGUCCUUCGUGAAGCUAGGAGCCACAAAGUUGUGAACAAAGUAACAGAAGCCCUGACCAAAAUAUCACAAGGCAUCCUUGAGAACCGGUCAUUGGCAAACCACAUGGACUUCAUGUUGUCGUUCAUCUACUCUCUGACUUCGGAAUCACUUGAUAACUUCUUCAGCAGCAAACAAAUUAAGAUUAAAUUUUUCACUGUUUACAUCGAUGUAACAAGCACCAUCAAAUCUGAUGAGAGCAAGUAUGUCAAGCCAGAUGUUCGACUUCAGCCUGAAAGUUGCCUCAUCCUUCCCGCUCAACCAGCACGAGGCGGUUCCAAGCCAAAGUCCGAUGCCAAAGCCAACCUGCAUGUACUCAUCGAGUUUGCAUUGAAUCUCCUGCAUCUUUUCUUGAAACAUUCACACAUUGAUGGCAAGGAACAAUUCCAUCUGGAGAGCAUCGAUCCAUUUGUUGGGGUGUUGCUGAAGUCUCUGUCCAGCAAGCAUACCAAGGUGUGCACUGCGACUUUGAAAUGUCUGACUUGGCUUCUCAGACUGCCUCUACCCUCUCUCCAUCCAAAUAUGAACACCAUAGUCAACCAGCUAUUCAUCAUCUUUAAGAACUUUGCUUCGGUGGUCGGUGCCGGUAAAAAUGAACAUUCAGAGAUGGCAGAUUGGUGCUUCAAGGUGAUUCGAGUAGUAGUCCAGUUUGUUUCGUACCACAACAUCACCCAAGAACAACUGCACGUUUUGUUGUCCUAUGCCGAGCAGGACCUCCACGAUUACUCCAAACAUGCAACUGCAUUCCCCCUCCUACACGCCAUACUGUGCAGAAAGUUGGAUUCAAAGGAGUUGGGAAGCAUCAUGGAGACAGUUGAGGAGAUGAUGAUCAAAAGUGAUGCGACUGAUGUUCAGAGCAAGUGUCGCAAGGUGUUGAUGACUUACUUGCUGGACUAUCCACUGAACAUGAAGACGAUGGAACAGCAUAUGAAGUUCUUCACCAAACAGUUGCAGUACGAGUACGAAUCAGGAAGACUGGCUGCAGUGGAGAUGAUCAUCAGCAUCAUCACCGUCUUUCCGAUGAGCUUACUGAGUGAACAUGCCUCCCUGAUGUUCAUCCAACUGGCACAGGCCAGGCUGAAUGAUGAGUCCUCCAAAUGCAUCAGUUUGGUCAGCGAUGCCAUCAAACUGCUUAUACAGAAAAUUAACAACGAGGUGGGAGGCAAAUUACGGAACAUUGCUAUGGAAUGGCUCAAAAGUUCAAAGAAAAAUGUUCUAAUGCUAUCAUCGAUAAUGUUGAGUUUGUUUGUUGAGGUUGAAAAAACAAACUUCCGGCGUCAUUUAGACACCUUGCUGCCAACCCUCAAGCAACUCACUGAUCCUCAACUAUUUCGAGAAGGGUUGUUAACAGAGGUGGAGCAGGUGACAACAGACCGAUUGCUGUACCAUUAUCUCGAUCUCUUUUUAAACAUUUGGAAUCACUGUGACGUUGUCAAAGAUUCGAAAUAUCACAUCCAUAUGAAUCCUUUGUGGGCGAAUGUUGAGAGGCAUUUAAAAUAUGAGUACGAACCAGUUCGCUUGAAAGCUUCGCAACUCUUCAAUCAUUUACUCACGUCUUUAUCACCGGAUGAUGUCGCAAAGUCGUUGUCAUCAUCAUCUUCGUCGUCAUCAUCAUCUACUUCAUCAUCAUCUUCAAAGAACAAAAAACAAUUGAAACAAAAGUCAGAUAAGAAUUUGGAUCAACAUUUUCUUUAUACAUUCUCUGAAGAAAAGCUCUGUUCACUUAUGAAAACAUUUUGUUACCAACUUGCAUCACCAAUCAUCUCGCUGGAGCUAGCUACACUGGUGACAGGCAACUUGUUGAGCGUCGCCCAAAUUGUCAUCAGAUUCAAUGGUGCUGUUGAUGUUGGCCUGGAUGAUGUUAACAAGAACGCUAAAAAGACUGGUGAUAAAAAAUGUCUUAGGAAGAUUAGAAAUAAGAGGAAAAAUAACGAUGAAAGUGAUGUAGAUAAUGAUGAAAUUGAGUUAAAUGAGGAUGAAGACGGUGAUGAAGAUGAAGAUGAUGGUGAUAUGAAAGUUGCUUCAGAUGAUAAGCUCAAGAACAGACUAUCUCUAACGUGGUUGAUCAGGAAAGUUUGCAGGGAAGUUCAGGCGGAGGUCAUCAACAACAGACAGUGCUCAGUCAAGCGUAAUGCCAUCUUCGUUUGGUUGGGGGCUCUGUGCAAGGAGUUGGGCGCCGAGAAGAUGCAACAUCAUCUCCCUCUCGUCCUCAAGCCACUCAUUCGACAAGCGCUCGAUAACUCUGAGGAUGCUGAUCCCGCGUUGAAGGUGUUGUGCCAGGAAGUGUUGGAUUUAAUUGAAGGAAUAUGUGGAGCAGAAAUGUACACCAGGGCAUACGCAACUGUCCACAAUCAAAUCUCAGCUAAAAAAUCAUCUGUUAAAGCGGCAAAAGUUCUACAGGCUGCCACAAAUCCAGAAAUUUUUGCUAAAAGAAAAAUGAAGAAGAACAUCACCAAGAAAGAAGCAAAAAAGAGAAAAAUUAAGGAGAUGAAACCUGGGUCUCGUCCAACAAUAGAAAAAAGAUUUUUAAACUAA